AUGCCGAUGCUCAAGGAUCCCUCAAAAAAGUACAAGCCGUACAAGCCGUUGAACCUGCCUAACCGCCAAUGGCCUAACAAGAUUAUUGACAAGCCUCCCCGCUGGAUGGCCACUGAUCUGCGCGAUGGCAACCAGUCUCUGCCCGAUCCAAUGGAUGGCGAGGCCAAGUAUAAGUUUUUCAAGAUGCUCGUGGAUAUCGGAUACAAGGAAAUUGAAGUCUCCUUCCCCUCCGCAUCCCAGACUGAUUUCGACUUCACACGCCGCCUGGUCGAGGAACCCGGUCUCACCCCCGAUGAUGUUGCCCUGCAGGUCCUGGCACCUUGUCGUGAGGACCUGAUCCGCCGAACCGUCGACUCCCUGAAGGGCGCCAAGAAGGCUAUCCUCCACAUCUACCUCGCAACCAGCCCUUGUUUCCGUCGCAUUGUCUUCAACAUGGAUCGCCAAAAGAGUUUGGAAUUGGCCGUCAAGUGCACCAAGUACGCUCGCUCCAUCACCAAGGAUGACCCCUCUCAGGCUGGCACCGAAUGGCAAUUCGAGUUCUCCCCCGAGACUUUCUCAGACACCGAGCCUGAGUUCGCCGUCGAGGUCUGCCAGGCUGUCAAGGAAGCCUGGGAACCCACCGCCGAGCAACCUAUCAUUUUCAACCUGCCCGCCACGGUAGAGAUGGCUACCCCCAACGUGUUCGCCGAUCAGGUCGAAUACUUCUGCACAAACAUGACCGAGCGCGAGAAGUUCGUCGUCUCAGUCCACCCCCACAAUGACCGUGGCUGCGCCGUUGCCGCCGCCGAGCUGGCUCAGAUGGCUGGUGCUGAUCGUGUAGAGGGUACCCUGUUUGGAAACGGCGAGCGUACCGGAAACGUCGACCUCGUCACCCUGGCCCUGAACUUGUACACACAAGGUGUCUCACCCAAGGUCGACUUCUCAGACAUCAACUCCGUCAUCAAGGUAGUAGAGGAGAGCAACAAGAUUCCCGUGAACGAGCGCUGGCCGUAUGGUGGACAGCUGGUCGUCUGCGCGUUCUCGGGCAGUCACCAAGACGCAAUUAAGAAGGGUUUCAAGCUCCGCGAGGAUGCCGAGGCCGCUGGCCAAGAGCCCGAAUGGGAAGUCCCCUACCUGCCUCUGGACCCACAAGAUAUCGGCCGUACCUACGAGGCCGUCAUCCGUGUCAACUCCCAGAGUGGAAAGGGCGGUGCCGCCUGGGUCAUCCUGCGCAGCUUGGAGCUGGAUCUCCCUCGCGCUUUGCAGGUCGAGUUCAGCAAGCUUGUGCAGGUUAAGACCGAGUCUGUCAACCGCGAGCUGAAGCCCACUGAGAUCACGGAUCUCUUCGAGGAGUCUUACCACCUCAAGUCCAACCCCCGCUUCAACUUGGUCGACUACAGCAUCACAACCGACCGCUCGCAGUCCCCCGCUCCCCCCGAGCCUGGCAAGGCUCUCAACACCAAGAACCUGAAGCGUCGCUUCACUGGUGUUAUUGAAAUCGAUAACGUCCAGCACGCCAUCACCGGUGUCGGACCCGGUGCCAUUUCCUCCCUGGCCACCGCCCUCUCCACUCUCGGCAUCGACCUUGAUGUCCGCGAUUACAAGGAGCACUCCAUCGGCCGUGGUCGUGACGUCAAGGCUGCCACAUAUAUCCAGUGCACAGCAGCCGGCAGCAACGAGCAGGUCUGGGGUGUUGGUAUCCACCAGGAUGUUGUCCAGGCCUCUCUGAUUGCCCUCCUCAGCGCCGCCAGCUCCUUCCUUGCUUCCCGCGCUGGCUCACCUGCUCCUUUCCGCCCUAUCCGCUCUAACACCCUCACCAACGAGGACCUGCAGGCCCUCGACCAGCUGAGCGGCGAGGCUGCCACCUCCAGUGGUGGUCUGACUGCCAAGGUCAACAUCGAGCAGCUGACGAAACAGGCUGAAAGCCAGUAA